UUAUUCCUUGAAAAAAAGUCCAACUAAUUUCUCUUUGAUUCCUCUCUGUAGAUCUCUAAUGGCUUCCUGCAUAGCUCCCGUUUCCAUUUCAGGUGGUUCUCAUCUCAAGGCAAGUGAAGUUAGUUUCACCAAGUCCAGCACCUUUGGGAAAACACCAAGUUUGGCAGUUCAAAGGAAACCAAUGGCAUCCAACCAUCGGUUUUCUGUUUGUGCAGAGUACCGUGCUGGAAAUAGGGGUGGAGGAAAUGAUUUUGCAGCUGGUUUUCUUUUGGGAGGGGCUAUAUUUGGAACUUUGGCAUAUGUUUUUGCGCCACAGAUUAGAAGAUCCCUGUUAAAUGAAGAUGAAUAUGGAUUCCGGAAGGCAAAGCGACCAAUUUACUAUGAUGGAGGUUUAGAGAAAACCAGGCAGACCCUGAAUGCAAAAAUCCACCAACUCAAUUCUGCCAUUGACAACGUAUCUUCGCGUUUGAGAGGUGCAAAAAAUCCACCAACCGUGCCAGUCGAGACAGACCCCGAAGUAGAAGCUACUAUGUAAGACAUAUUUCUAUUUGCUCAGCCAUGAAGUUGUGAGUUUUCAGUGAGUGAUGGUUUUUACUUGUCCUGUUAUGGAUUCUGAAGUCGGAUAGUGUUUUGAAGAUUUCAUAUGGGAUUAUUUGUCGAUUUAACCGUC